AGGAAAUUGGAAAUUGAAAAGAGAGAGAAGGGGAUCUGUUGUAUAAUUCGAGAGAGAGGGAGAGAGAGAUGGGGAAGAAGGCACUGCUGGUAGGGUGCAACUACCCAGGGACGAAAGCAGAGCUGAAGGGAUGCAUCAACGACGUGAAGAGAAUGCACCGCUGCCUCAUCGACCGCUAUGGCUUCUACGAAGACGACAUCACCGUCCUCAUCGACACAGAUGAUUCCUACACCCAGCCCACUGGCAUCAACAUCCGUCGCGCCCUCUCCAACCUCAUCCGAUCUGCUGAGCCCGGUGACUAUCUCUUCUUCCACUACAGCGGCCACGGCACCCGCCUCCCUGCCGAGACUGGCGAGGACGAUGACACCGGCUACGAUGAGUGCAUCGUCCCCUGCGACAUGAACCUCAUCACCGAUGAUGAUUUUAGGGAGUUUGUGGACAUGGUCCCAGAAGGCACUGUGCUAACCAUAGUAUCCGAUUCAUGCCACAGCGGAGGCCUCAUUGAUGAGGCCAAGGAGCAAAUUGGGGAGAGCACCAAACGUGAAGAGCAAGAAUCGAGCUCCAGUUUUGGCUUCAAAAAUUUCUUGCACCAGACUGCGCGAGAUGCAUUCGAGUCCCGUGGUAUCAACCUUCCAUUAGGCAGGCACCACCACCACCACCACCGACAUGAUGAUGAGGGAGAAGGUGAAGCUGAGACUGAAUAUGGUGGGCCAGGACACAUAAAGAAUAAGUCUCUCCCUCUUUCAACACUGAUAGAAAUUCUGAAGCAGAAAACAGGUAAGGAUGAUAUCGACGUGGGGAAGCUGCGGCCUACAUUGUUCGACAUUUUUGGGGAGGAUUCGAGCCCUAAGGUGAAGAAAUUCAUGAAGGUCAUAAUGGAUAAGCUCCAAGGUGGUCAAAACGAAGGCGGCAGUGGUGGCGGAUUCAUGGGUAUUGUCGGGAAUCUAGCGCAAGAGUUUCUCAAGCAAAAGCUGGAGGGUAAUGAUGAGGAUUAUGUGAAACCUGCACUAAAAACAGAAGUGCAUAGCACCCAAGAAGUUUAUGCCGGAUCGGGUAAUCGUGCCUUACCUGACAUGGGUAUUCUGAUCAGUGGUUGCCAGACCAACCAAACAUCUGCAGAUGCAACCCCUUCAGGCAAUGCUGCUGAGGCAUAUGGAGCUCUGAGCAAUGCGAUACAGACCAUCAUUGCUGAGACCGAUGGUCGCAUUACCAACCAGGAGCUUGUGCUGAGGGCUCGAAAGAUGCUGGCCACACAAGGGUUUACACAGCGGCCCGGCCUCUACUGCAGCGACAAUCACACUGAUGCUCCUUUUAUAUGCUAAAUUGAGCACAGAUAUAAAGUUGAGAGUGGAAUCUUGUGCAAGUGGUUUGUGUCUAGUUUGCGUUUGGAGUGCUGGUGUGCUUUCAUGUCUGAGUUUUAUGAAAGUUGAACAAUAAUAAAAACUUGAAUAUAUAGGCUCUUGCAUUUCAUUUUGAAUAAAUUGUAGUGUUUGUGUUGUUCAUCA